AUGAAGACCUCACUUGUUGUUUUCGUAGUUGUUCUUGCUUUCGUAGUUUUGGAUCUUAUCGAAGCCUUGCCUGCAGCUUUACCCCAGGGCAAGGGCAAAUUUCCUCCUAGUGGUAAGAGUUUCGGUAAGGGUUCCGGUAAGGGAUUCCCGCAAAACCCUCCCCCGAAAAACCCUCCCCAGAAUAACCCUCCCCAGAAUAACCCUCCCCAGGGUUUUGACGGGAAUAAAAAUCCAAAAAAUCCCAAUCAAGGAUUUUGUGCUCAAAGUGGUCUUGAACUCACUGGUGGCAAACAACGAAAACAAGCAGGACAAAAAAGUUGCGCUGAUACUCAACUAGGUGAAAUUCCAGACUAUUACGCAAAGUCUCAAGAACUUAAUGCACAAGGACUUAUUAAUGGGCAUUCCCACAUUACUGUUCAAAAAUUUUUCGAUAAUGUACCUCCAAAUCCUCAAAACCCUGCCUUUUUCAAGGGAUUAAAUGAUCCUGCUAAAAAUGGCGUAUUGUCCGUUACUGUUGAUGCUUUGCCUCCAGGACAAUACAGAAUCUGUACAAUGAACAGUUCUCGCGGUCAUCAAGGUGUGAUCAUGCCUGUCGCUAACCGAGGUGCUCAAGAUGACU